ACGACAACGGCAGUAGCUGCGGCAACAAACAAAGCACAUCACUCGUGCGAAAGUUCCCCCCAGAAAAGGAAGCAAGAGACAGAUCAGAUUCUACGGGAGCAAAGCGAGAGCUUCCAUGUCAAGAGAGCCACCAACCUCAGAAUAAUCUCUCUCUCUUCCUCCACUCCCUCACUCUAGCUCCGAUUCUCUCUCGGUAGCUCCAUUCCAUGGCCUUCUCCUCCGGAAGCGGAAAGCAAGCAUACCACAGCACAGCACUAGGUAGCUACGUGCUCGAUCCCUCCAAAAGCAAAAGCAUUCGGAAACCACUCACCUCCACAUCAUAAGGAACCCUAUUCCAUUCGACCGCCACCUCCCGAUCGCUUUCCCAUCAUCACCACCACGCGCGCGCCCAUCUCCCCUCCCCUGCUUCCAUGGCGGCCGGAGGGCCGCCGCCGACGGAGAUGCCGCCUCCGGGGCCGCCGCCGAUGGUGCGGAAGCUAGCCGUGGAGGUGGUGGACGCGCGCGACCUCGUGCCCAAGGACGGGCUCGGCACCUCCAGCGCCUACGCCGUCGCCGACUUCGACGGACAGCGGAAGCGCACGCGCACCGUGCCGCGCGACCUCAACCCGCAGUGGCACGAGCGCCUCGAGUUCGCCGUCCCCGACCCGCCCAGCAUGCACGCUGAGUCGCUCGACGUCUCGCUCUACCACGACCGCCGCUUCAACCCCUCCGGCGGUGGCGGCGGCGGCGGCAAGAACAACUUCCUCGGCCGCGUCCGCAUCUACGGCUCCCAGUUCUCGCGCCGCGGGGAGGAGGGCAUCGUCUACUUCCCGCUCGAGAAGCGAAGCCUGCUCAGCUGGAUCCGCGGCGAGGUCGGCCUCAAGAUUUACUACUACGACGAACCAGCGGUGCCGCCGCCGCCGCCUGAGGAAAGGCCGCCCGAGGGAGCUGACAACGCGCCGCCACCUGAGGUCCCACCGGAAGAGCCCAAGGAGCUCCCGGAGGUCCCCGAGCCGACCGAGGCGGCCGUCGAGGUGCAGCAGCCACAUAUGCAGCCUCCGGUCAUGAUCGUGGAGGAAGCACCGAUGCACGGUCCGCACGGCUCGAUGAUGCCACCGCCGAUGCACGGCCACAUGAUGCCACCCAUGCACGGGCCACACGGCCCGGUGAUGCCGCCGAUGCACGGGCCACACGGCCCUGGCCCGAUGAUGCACGGUCCACACGGCCCGAUGAUGAUGCACGCUCGAAUGAUGCCGCCGCAACCGGAACCGGAGCCAGAGCCGGAGCAGCCGGGGCCGGAUGGGGCGGAGCCGUACCCGCCUGAGGUGCGCAAGACGCGGAUGGCUUCAAGCACGGAGCAUGUCCGCAUCCCAAGACACCCCAGCGGCGGCUUCGGGCCUGACUACUACACCGCCUCGCCUCGCGUCAUAUCCGGACGGUUCGUGUCCACCGGCGAGGCCGUCGAGCCGGUGCAGUCAACGUACGACCUGGUGGAGCCGAUGCGGUACCUGUUCGUGCGCAUCGUCAGGGUGCGCGGCAUCCGCGCCUGCGAAGGCCCUUACGUCAAGAUCCAGGCGGGGCCGCAAUGCCUCCGGUCCCGCCCCGGCCGCGACCUCUCCGGCACCGGCAGUCCCGAGUGGAACCAGGUGUUUGCCGUCAGCCACGCCAAGCCAGAGCCGACGCUCGAGAUAUCCGUGUGGGACGGCCAGGCGCCCUCUCCUUCCGACGCCUUCCUCGGCGGCGUCUGCUUCGACCUCUCCGACGUUCCGGUCCGCGACCAGCCGGACGGCCCGCUGGCGGCGCAGUGGUAUCGGCUCGAGGGCGGCGAGCCGGGCAUGGUUACAGGGGACAUCAUGGUGUCGGUGUGGAUCGGCACGCAGGCCGAUGACGUGUUCCCAGAGGCGUGGAACACCGACGCGCCCUACGCCGCGUACACGCGCGCCAAGGUGUACCAGUCGCCCAAGCUCUGGUACCUGCGAGCGUCGGUCAUCGAGGCGCAGGACCUGCGCGUGCCGACGCCGCCACCGGGACUGCCGUUCGACGUGCGUGUGAAGGUUCAGCUCGGGUUCCAGUCAGCGCGCACCCGUCGGUCCGUGGCCAGCAGCAGCGGCUCGGCGUUCGCGUGGGCCGAAGACCUCAUGUUCGUCGCGUCCGAGCCGCUCGACGACACCCUUGUCCUGCUCGUCGAGGACCGAUCGAUGAUCAAGGAGCCUGCUCUGCUCGGCCACGCCACCAUCCCAGUGAGCUCCGUCGAGCAGCGCCUCGACGAGCGGCAGAUCGUGGCGUCAAGAUGGUUCAAUCUCGAGGGCGGUAUGGGUCAUGGAGAUGGCGGCGGCGAUCAGCAGGGACAACCUCCAGGGUUCUACUCCGGCAGGCUGCACCUUCGGCUUUCCCUGGAAGGAGGGUACCACGUGCUCGACGAGGCAGCGCACGUUUGCAGCGAUUACCGGCCGACGGCGAAGCAGCUGUGGAAGCCACCGGUGGGCGUGCUGGAGCUCGGCAUUGUGGGAGCGUGCGGCUUGCUCCCCAUGAAGACGAAGGGAGGAUCCAAGGGCUCGACGGACGCCUACUGCGUGGCCAAGUACGGCAAGAAGUGGGUGCGCACGCGCACUGUGACGGACAGCUUCAACCCACGGUGGAACGAGCAGUACACGUGGCAGGUGUACGACCCGUGCACGGUGCUCACGGUGGCCGUGUUCGACAACUGGCGCAUGUUUGCCGGCGCCGGCGACGACAGGCAGGACUACCGCAUCGGCAAGGUGCGGGUGCGCGUGUCCACGCUCGAGAGCAACAGAGCUUACACGGCAUCGUACCCGCUGCUCGUGCUGCUGCGCUCGGGGCUGAAGAAGAUGGGCGAGGUGCAGCUCGCCGUGCGGUUCUCGUCGCCGGCGCAUCUGCCGGACACCUGGGCCACGUACACGUCGCCGCUCCUGCCGCGGAUGCACUACCUCCGCCCGAUCGGCGUCGCGCAGCAGGAGGCGCUGCGGGGCGCGGCCGUGCGCACCGUGGCGGCGUGGCUGGCGCGCUCCGAGCCGCCGCUCGGCCCGGAGGUGGUGCGGUACAUGCUGGACGCGGACGCGCACACGUGGAGCGUGCGGCGCGCCAAGGCCAACUGGUUCCGCAUCAUGGGGGUGCUCGCCUGGGCGGUCGGGCUGGAGCGGUGGCUGAACGGCGUUCGGCGGUGGCGCAACCCUUCCACCACCGUCCUCGUCCACGUGCUGUAUCUCGUCCUCGUCUGGUACCCGGAGCUGGUGGUGCCCACGGCGUCCCUGUACGUGUUCCUGAUCGGCGUGUGGUACUACCGGUUCCGGCCACGGGCACCAGCCGGCAUGGACGCGCGGCUGUCGCAGGCCGACACGGUGGAGGGCGACGAGCUGGAGGAGGAGUUCGACGCCGUGCCGGCGCCCGACGUCCUCCGGCUACGGUACGAGAGGCUACGGACUCUGGCCGGGAGGGUGCAGCGUGUCAUGGGAGACGUGGCGGCGCAGGGCGAGCGGCUGCAGGCGCUGGUGAGCUGGAGGGACCCGCGGGCAAGCCGGAUCUUCGUGGGCGUCUGCCUCGCCGUCGCCGUGGCGCUGUACGCGAUGCCGCCCAAGAUGGUGGCCGUGGCGAGCGGGUUCUACUACCUCCGACACCCCAUGUUCAGGGACCCAAUGCCUGCGGCCUCCGUCAACUUCUUCCGCCGGCUGCCGAGCCUCUCGGACAGGAUGCUCUGAGAUUGGCUGGAAGCACGGGUGCAUUCUUUUUUUUCCCUUCUGUUGCCGUAAUAACGAGUGUGCAAUAGGAAUAUCAGAGGAGAGCAUAGGAAUAACAGAAUGAUUGUAUUCAUAAACAUAUAGUAUAUAGAACACACAACAAUGAUACAGUAACAAAA